AUGUCAUCAUCAGCAACACAACCAACAAUGGAUGAUAGUGUUGCCACCACCACGAGUCAUGAACCAUGCGGAAGUAGAUCGACUAACGAAGAUUUUGGCAAAAAACAUAAUUCUGGUCCAACACUUCCGAGCGCGGUGUUGUCAGGAUCAUGUCAUGUGGAUGAUGAUGAUGAAAAUAAUGCUCACCGUCGUGGUCUUGACAUUGCCAUCAACAAUCAUCGGGGUUCUACAACAAGGAAUAUCACUUGUCUUUCACAAUCUAUAUGGAAUAUCAUUCUUUCUUUCACGUUGAAUGUAUUUAAACAUUCUACAAAACUUACGAAUUCGUCAGGAGAGGAACAAAAUUUAUGCUCAUCAGAAGAGCAACAUUACAAAUCUCCUGAAGAGUGUUACCAUCGAUCGAUAUUUGAUAUUGAGGUUGUUCCAUUGGUGUCACAAUCACCUCUCGCCAAGUUUUAUGAAACACGAACAGAUAGCGUCAAUGAAACUGAGCAAGAGUCCAUCAAAUUUUACUGCGAUUUUUUUACAACAUGGAUUAGAAUUUCUCAUAUCAACAAAAGAAUGCGAGAAUUAAUGAGGACAUGUGUAGUGACAGAAUUGAUAGAGUUUGAUUUCAUUAAUUUCAUGUACUUUUACAUGCUCAAUGAAGAAACUCUUGUAUUUGAUCACCAACCAUCAGGAAUUGAGCUCGAUAAUUGCGAUAACGAGGCUCUAGUAUUCCGAAAGGAGGAGUACAAGCAUUCAGUUCAUGCACUGUUUAUUGAGUUUAUGCAAUCAAUGAUGGAUCCUGUGUUUGUGAAAAGAAUUUCUCUUGACGUGAAUUAUGUGUUUGAUUGGAUUCCAAUUCAUGAAAGUGAAAUUGAAAAAACGUUGACAAGUAGUCGACUGCCAGAAGAAAAUAUAUUUUGCCUUUACAAUACUGCAUUUCCAAACAUCGAGGUACUAACCUUAAACUUUACAUAUAGAGGUAGAGAUGGGAUAUAUGACGAGGAAGAACAAUCAAGCACACAUUUGAAAUCUAUUGACACUAGUAUUAUUCAAAAUUUAUCGAAAUGGAAAAGUUUAAAGGAGCUACGGUUGUGUUGGCAUGUAGAAGUUAACGAAGAUACUAGGAAGAUUGAUCUUGAGUGUGGAUCUCAUCUUGUACAAGAAUUCCUUAAAAUUAUUAAUGAGGCAAAGUCUAAUCCAAACAUUGAAUAUGUGUCGGUUUAUAUCAAUGGGUCUGCAUUCCAUGUAACAAAGACAGAAGAGGGCACUAUGAUUUGUAAUCAUUCAUUCCCUUCUGUAGUUUUUGAACAGAUUGGUGAUAUUGUUGAUGACAACAGCCACCUCAAAUUAUUAUAUCUCUGUAUCGAUCAUUUUGGAAAUGCCAAUUAUAACAAGCAACUCUCACACAUGUCAUUUUUGCAAAAUAUUCUCCAUAUUGAGAUUGAGGAAAUUAAUAUUGUUAAUAUUAAUCAACUUUUCAAUUUGCAAUAUCCCAAAUUGGUCACAUUGAUAUUGACAAACAUUAUUACCUCAGGAGUUACAGGAUAUGAAGUUGCAAUUUCAUCUCAAUUUCCAAAGUUGGAGGAGCUAGUUCUCAAGUCAAACGUAGAGUCAUCCAAUGUUUUUAACGUGGUUAAUGUUGAUACUGUUUACAUGAGAGCUCCUCUAAUCAAGAAACUGUCAUUAAUUGGUAUUCACAAUUUUUCCGUAUCAAAGAAUUCGUUUGGACCUCAUCUAGAAAUGUUAGAAAUUUUGACCACAUGUUCAGACAUGAUCCAUAAUUAUUCGAGAUGGAUCACCUCGUUGAAAGGGUUAAAGAAUUUAAUUUUCAAAAUAGAGCCGGAAAGAGGUAAAUCAUUCCAGGAGUAUCCAUCCAAUGAAAACCUGGAACAGUCACUCUCAACAAUAAUUAAUCAUGAUGGAAUUGUUGACAUCUUGUUGAAGGAUACCAGGUAUGCCGGCAUCACUCUUAAAUGUCCACAAGCCAAAAAAGUUGUCAUUAGAAUACCUCAUUUGCAAGAUUGCUUUAUUGAAUGUGCACAGUUGAAGUCCAUUGAUUUGAAUGGUCUAAUCAUUGGAUGUAAUUCAAGAAACAAUAAGAAAUUAUUCUACUAUUCACACCAAUGGAGAUGGGAAACGCCUCUAGUCACCUCAUUGAAUUUUUCCAAUCCUCAAACCUCUAGCGGAAUGAUUCUUCCCAACGCGUUAAUAUCUCACAUUGAAGAGUUGGAAAUUCGUCUAGUUAUCACCGCAUACGAAAAAGAAAAGGAGCUUCUUCCAGCAUUGUUCAUGAGAAUUGAUGAACUAUGUGGCAAAAAAAGCACCAACAAAACAUUGAAAAAUGUCAAAAUUCAAUUAGAAAUUAGCACAUUUUAUUUGACAAAUCCAUUGGUCAAGAGUAUGAGCGCCUUAUUGGAAUGGAACGAGCAUUCAAAAACUCCAUACGAGAGCGAACAAAUGAAGAUGACCAUUCAACAUUUAUUGAAAACAGCCAAGACCACAGAAACGUUUACAGACGACACGCUCUUAGUUCAAUCUCCGAAUGUAGUCUCUUUAGAAAUGAAUAUACAUGAAUCAGUACAAAAAACCAAGAUUAACUGUCCAAACUUGAAGCAUGUAGAACUCGUUCAAACCUCAACUCCUGGACGGCUUAAAUUUUGUGAUACGAAUGAUGUCAACCAAUUGGAAUCAUUCAUGACCAUGGGUCUAUGCUCACCGUUCAAUCAUUUACACACUCAUCACUUUGCAAGUUUAAAAACAAUUGAAAUUAUAGAUCCGCAACAACGAUUUUCAUUUGUAUUGAGCCAACUACCAUCCUUGGAAGUGUUAGACGUAAGAACAGAAUAUGGAUUUUGUUACAAUGGAGAAGAACGAUCCUAUGUCACUCUCAAAGACUACCAACACCAUAACCUCAAAAUGUUACGAUUAUUUGGAGUUAGAAAUGUUACGAUUGAACUCGACUUGCAAGCACCUAAUCUACGAAUUUUAGACGUUCGGGAUACCGAUGGUCGAAAAUGUGAAAUUACUUUCAGCAAUUGUCCUAAAUUAAUGAAGAAAACGUUGAGGUAUUCCCUCACUAAAGAACACAGAAAAAGAUGA